AUGAAUCAUGAAGCAUCACAAGUUGUGAUUCACAACUCGAUAAAGAAAAUUUCUUGUGAAAACUGGUUGGAGAAUUAUUAUUGCCUGACCACAGGAAUUCAAGAUGCUUUUAAUUGCUUCAAUCAAUCAUUGUUCUUUAUUAUGCAAGUCGUCGUUAAAGUAAUAAAUAAAUGUGCUAAGCUAGAUAUAUGCUUUAAGUUUUCAAUCUUGACAAGUUUUCCAAAUAGGUCUCAGCAGCCGCCGCCGUCGUCGUCGUUGUUGUCAUAG